CUGGCAACACUGGACUUUGAAAUUUGAUUUCCUGCGUGCGUGAUCAAAUGUAAUGUGAAGUUGGAAUUUAAAAUUAGAAAUUAAGAAAUGGUUUGUGACGUUCGACACGAUGUCGUGUUGCAUUUCGCGUGCAAUUUGCUUCGACAUUUAGAGAAAAGAAUGUAAGAAAAAAGUAAAGUUAUGAAAAUAGAUAUAAUGCAGCUGUAACUAUGAAAGAAGUGCAAAAUUUAUAUCAAGGGACUUCAAAAGAUACUUUUUGCCCUUCUGAAGGCACUCCUGUUGAUUGUAAAGUGAUAAAGACUGCUGGACCAUAUUUAUUAGGUGCAAGACUUGGUAGCUCUCCAGUCAGAAGUAUUGUUCAGUGUUUAGCUAGAAAAGAAGGAACUGAUGAAUUUUUUACUCUCAAAAUUUUGACAUUGCAAAAUCCAUCAGAGGAAACGCAAGAUGAUCGUCAGGGUAAAAUGUUACUCCAUACGGAAUAUUCUUUAUUAUCGUUGCUUCACGAUCAAGAUGGUGUUGUUCAUCAUCAUGGAUUAUUCAAGGAUGAAGCUUGGGAAGAGAAAGAAUUAUCUACAGCCGAACUUGUUUACACGGGAAGGAAAAAGAAGCGACUGUGUUUGGUACUAGAUUGUCUCUGCGCUCACGAUUUCGGUACGCGCACGGCCGAUAUGGUAAACAUGCAGCAUUACGUGAUUAAAGAAAAGAAAUUACCCGAAAGAGAAGCAAUGUUAAUAUUUCACGAUGUUGUUAGAAUUGUCUGUGCCCUUCAUAAACGAAAUAUAGUACACCGAGAUUUGAAAUUGGGUAAUAUGGUAUUAAACAAAAAGACUCGUCGCAUUGUCAUUACAAAUUUCUGUUUAGGAAAACACCUUCUUAACGAAAAUGAUUUAUUGAAAGAUCAACGAGGUAGCCCCGCGUACAUAAGUCCCGACGUAUUAAGCGGUAAACCGUAUUUAGGAAAACCAAGCGACAUGUGGGCAGUGGGAGUUGUGUUAUUUACUAUGUUAUACGGACAGUUUCCUUUUUACGAUUCUGUUCCUCAAGAAUUAUUCAGGAAAAUUAAGGCAGCUGAAUAUGAAAUUCCUAGGUAUUUUUGCUUCAUUGUAGCCAUUUAAUUUUUUAAUACAUGUAUAUUAGGGAUUCUAUCCCACAUUCUUGCAACCUAACCCCUAAUGUUUUGCAAUAUAUCUCUUACAAGAUUAUAACAACUUAACUUAUAACUAAUAAUAUUUUUUUGCUUGUUUCAAAUUCUAACUGCACAAAACAAAAGAUAAUACUGUAUAAAUGAUUAAUUCUAAUGCUGUGUGUUGUGCAAGAAAAAGACACAAAAAUAUAGCUGAAUUUGAAUAUAAAAAAUAGCACCAGCCAUGUUCCUUUACUACAGUAGAGCAUCGAUUAUCCGACUCAAUUGGGGAC